AUGUCGAGGUCAAUGAUUCCUAGCCAACAAAAGUUGGCAGAAAAGCUUACAAUUCUCAAUGAUCGGGGAAUUGGAAUGCUUACUCGAAUCUACAAUAUCAAAAAGAUGCUUGGAAACCAAGAAAACAAACCAGCGUUUCUGUCAGACAGACAGGUGGAGCCAGCUGUUCGAACUCUAUUGAAAAAGUUUCCACAAUAUGAUAUCAAAGCAAGUCAGCUGCAUGUUGUCAAUAACCAGAAAAAUGAGAUCAUGAAAUCUCUGUCAUUGUACUACUAUACAUUUUUGGACAUCAUGUACUUCAAAGAUCAUGUUGUGGAUCUUCUGACAACUAUUGACGCUUGCCAAGCAUUCCUUGAUAUUAGGCUGAACUAUGAUCUCACCAAACAGUACUUGGAGCUUGUAGCCACCUAUGUGUCAAUCAUGAUACUUGUCAGCAGUGAUGAUCGAAAGGGUGUCAUUGCACUUUUCAAUGUUGCCCAUGAAUUUCUUCAAGGCAAAGGAGAUCAGGCAUUUCCACGGCUUGGACAAAUGUUCCUGGAUUAUGAUCCACCCAUGAAGAAGCUUUCAGAAGAAUUUGUGCCGCACUCUCGGAUCCUGAUCCCAGCAUUGCUGUCACUGCAUCAGCUCUAUCCAGAGCACAAUCGCACAGCUGAACAGUUGCGGCAAAUGCAAGUGCUCAGCAUCUUGUCUGAGCCUUCCAAGAUGUCCAGCGUCCCCACUACAGAAGUGAUUCAAUGUGAAUACCUCUUGAUGAACACCAUGGAGAGAUGGAUCAUCUUUGGUGGAAUGCUUUGUCACCAAAGUCUGAUGGAUCCAAACCUCUAUGCCCUCUGGAAGGCCACUCUGGAGUCAGGAUACAUUGUCCAGCUGUGUCGUGAUGAAGUCCUGCACAUUCAUUCAUUUGUUACAAGCUUUUUUGAGAGUCUGAAAAGUCAACAUGGGCAUAAUAAAAGGAUAACAGAAGUAAAAGAAUUUCAGCAGGUUUCAUUGCAGACAUCAUCUGGUAUCCAUCGAGAAAGACGAAAGUUUUUGCGUACAACACUCAGGCAGUUGACAUUGGUCUUUACCGAAGAACCUGGGCUCCUAGGACCAAAGGCAUUGUAUGUGUUUAAAGCUUUGUCAAUGGCACAAGAUGAAGUUCACUGGGUUUUACGGCAUGUGGCAAACCCGCCUUCCCGUCGCCACAAUGUUAAACUGCCUCAGGAAGAUUUCAAUGACAGACAACUUCCAGAGCUUCUUUUUUACAUAGAGGAAUUAAGAGGUUUGGUCAAGAAGUAUAGCCAGGUGAUACAAAGGUACUAUGUUCAGUACCUGUCAGGGUAUGAUUCUGUGUAUCUCAAUCAGAUCAUUCAGAGCAUUUCAAUGGUGCCAGAGGAUGAGUCAGUGAUUCUGUCUUCAUUCUACAACACUAUGGUCUCUCUUUCUGUCAAGCAAGUGGAAGACAAUGAGCUGUUUGACUUUCGAGGUUUCCGGUUGGACUGGUUCAGGUUGCAGGCUUACACAAGUGUGAGCAAAGCUGGACUGGUGUUGCGUGACCACCAGGAUCUGGGGAAACACAUGAAUACAGUAGUCUUCCACACAAAGAUGGUGGACUAUCUGGAUGAAAUGAUCAAUGAAUGUGGAGAUCUGGCCGUCUAUUGUUUUUACACAACCUACUUUGAGCACCAGUUCAAACAGUGCAUGGAAUUUCCUGCCCAGCACCGCUUCUCCAUCAUCUUCCCAAUGAUCUGCUCCCACUUCAUGAAUGCCACGCACGAGCUCUGUCCAGAAGAGCGACACUCUAUUGGGACGACAAGCGUGCAGUAUGCACACUGGUUCCUGCGGGAGAUGUCUGAAGAAGUUAACCAAGUGAUCACUGCAAUCUGUGAGGAGCAGUGCAUGCUUGCUUAUAAACUUUUGCCUAAACACAGUGCAGCCAUAAUCCUUGCACAAGUGCAAAAACGCCGAGAAAAACGUAAAGACAAGAAGGAAAAAGAGAUUGAAAAGCCAGGGGAAGAGAGUGUUCGCAAAAACCGAGAGGUUUUUACACGGAUGGAUAAACUGCACAUGGCUCUGACAGAGCUGUGUUAUGCCCUGAACUACUGCAAUGUCAUUCAGGUUUGGGAUCAUGGCUUUGUUCCACGUGAGUUCUUCCUGCAACACUUGGAAGCUCGCUUCAACAAGGCACUUGUUGGCAUGAUGAUGUUCAAUCCUGAAACAAUGGAUGUGGCCAAACCCUCAGAAUUGUUACAUGGUGUACGAGCCUACAUGAAUGUUCUUCAGGGCUUAGAGAACUAUGUGCACAUCGACAUUGCUCGCGUGUUCAACAAUGUGCUGCCACAGCAGACACAAGCCACAGAUGCUACAGGCGAGAAGACCAUCACAGCCAACUAUACUCACUGGUAUCUGGAAGUUUUGCUGCGCAGAGCCACUUGCAAUACUGGCCAGAUUGUCUACUCCCCUCGACAGAAAGCCUUUGUGACAGUUUCUCCUUCAGAAGGGCAGCAGCCGGUUUUUGCAGCUGAAGAGUUUGCAGAUUUGAUGGAGCUAAAAGCACUGGCUGAGCUGAUUGGGCCGUACGGUAUGAAGUAUCUGGGAGAAAGACUGAUGAUGGGUGUGGCCAGUCAGGUGGAUGAACUAAAAAAAAUUGUUGUGACCAACAAAGAGACUUUAGUCCAGCUGAGAACCAGUUUUGACAAACCAGACAUGAUGCGGGAACUCUCACGCAAACUCCAAACUCCACAUAAGAAUGCACCUAGUGAUGCAGACAUUGUUUUGACACGUAUGACCAUCAUCGGAGUUUUGUUGUCUUUUCGAGCUCUUGCUCAAGAAGCUUUGAACAACGUUCUUGAGGACCGAAUCCCAUUUCUGAUGGGUUCCAUACGGGACAUUCAUCAUCAUAUGCCAGACAACAAAGAUUCAAUGCCUGCUGCUUUGAAGCUACAGGUGGUUAAUGAGCUUGCCUCUUCAGCUGGCGAGGUAUGUGAUGUGGACCCCACCUUGUGCAAUGCACUGCGAGCACUGAAGAGUGAGCAUGCAGAAGAUGAAUAUACCAUAGCCUGCCUGCUGUUUGUGUUUGUGGCGGUAUCUGUUCCAAAGCUUGCUCGUUCAGAACUGUCUGUCUACAAAGCCUCUCUAGAGGGUCACCUCAACAAUGCUCACUGCUUGGCCAAGUCUAUCAAUGCUCUUGCCGGUGCACUGUUCUCACUGCAUGGGCCUGGAGACACUGAGGCUCGACUACAGGAGUUUUUAGCACUUGCAUCAUCAAGUCUUCUGAGACUGGGAUCUGAGAAUGAGAAGGAAGCAGUGAAAAACAGAGAAUCUGUUUACAUCCUCUUAGAUUUGAUUGUUCAAGAAUCUCCUUUUCUGACGAUGGAUCUGUUGGAGUCCUGUUUUCCAUAUGCACUGCUGCGCAAUGCCUACAAUGCUGUGUACAAAGCUUCUGCCAGUGAUAGUUGAAGCACUUGGCAGAUUUCCCUUUCAGUAUUGUUUCAUUUAACAUACUUUUCUGUCAUUUGUAGUAAUGUGUGUGCUGUGCAUUGACCUUGUAUUAUAAUAAUAGUUAAAUUUUGUAGAGUGCAUUUCUUCAUGCAAAGGUGAGCCCAAUGUGUUCUACAUGAAAGACUUCAAACAGACUCAACUAUAAAAAGAAGCAUAAGCACCAGCAAAUGGAUGACAUGAUGGAAAACAUAAAGUAUCAUCUAUACAUGUUCACCUUCCCCACCUUUUUUAUAGAUGGUUUGUAAAGCUUUUGUAAUUAUGGCAUUAUGAUGAUUGUUAAAAAUACGUAAUCACUAAAAUGUGGCAUUCCCAAACUGAAGGAAACUGACGACCAGAGUGCAUUGUCAAAGUUUAUCUGUAUCCGCAUCAAACAAGAUUUAAGACCUUGAGGGUUGCCCCAAAAGUUGUUUUUUCUGAGGCUGUAUGACAUGAGAAAAAGAUGAUUGGUUAUCGUAAUAUUGACAUUACCUGUUGACCUGACCAUAACAUCUGCGAAUGUUGUCAGUAGAAUCCGUACAUAUUUAGAAGUAUAUUCAUGUUCACAGAAGCACAAAUUCAUGGACAGAAAAAGUAUUUACUAGAACUAAUAUAUUAAUGUUAAAUAAUUUUUUUUUCUAUCACAGGGUAUUGAGAAAUAUUGGUGUUCUUUUUCCAAAAUUAAAUCUUGCCCUUUUUAAAAUGUGUUACUAGAUAAAACGUGUUAGAUAAAUGUGUUUCAGUUAAUUUCUAUAUCAGGUUUUCAUUUUUAAUUCACAUCUUUUAUUCUUCUUUUCCUUAUGGAAAGUGUAUUCUCACUGGUUGAAAUUAAAUCUGUUGCAACCUUUGUAAAUAACAUGAUUAUUCUGAACUAUUUUGAUUGUUAUAUCAUGAUUAGUCAUACAUGUGAGACUGGAAAUACAAAAGGCAUUGGACAGUAAAAUAGAUGUACAUUGCAGGUGCAAUAGUAGUCAUUGGAUUUUUUUUUUAAAUCCACAGGAGGUUUUGCUGUUUUGUAUAGGAUUAUGAUGGCAGUGACACCAUUUACCUGUAUAGGUGGACUGCUGUCUGUCUGCAGAGACCAAUGCUUAGUCUCUUGCUAAGUUCACUGUUAGAGCGAGCCUAAACAAUGAAUGGGACUAAACCAGAAGCUUUGUAUACACCAGCCUUAUUUAAGUAUUUCAUUAGAAAAAAAUCAUCUGGAAGCAGUCCAGUAAUACAAGUUCGUGGUCACACUGCAUUUAAGUACUACAGUGCCAAGCUCUUUAACAGUUGACUGGGCUGAGCUCUGUACAAGAUUUUGUUUUUUGAAAUGUGUGAGCAGUCUCCAUUCCUUCUGAAGAUACAUUACUCAAAAAGGUAAAAAUUCUGGCAUCAGGAAUGUAAAUGGCUGUGCUUAAUUAUCAGGGCUAUUGCCAGUCUUGAGUCUAUAUGUUAAUUAGGUGAAUCCACAACAUCAGAGGUUUUACUUUUGCUCUGUAUGAUGGUGGUGAGGUGGUGACUAUUAUAUAUUAUAUAUCCAGAAGGAGUUAGGGGCAGUAGGGUUGUUCACUGAAGAUUUAUUGGCAUUCAGUCUUGUAGUGAGCUCAGGUCAGUCAUAUGAGGAUCAGGUGGGGAAACUGUUUUGCACUUAAGUAGAUGUUUAUUAAAAAAGUAGAGAAAAUGGCAUACAGAAAAAAUGUUUGCACUGACUACAGCCUCUCUUAUUUAUUAGAUUUUGAUUUGUUGAACUCGGGCUGCAAAAUAGUUUGUUUAAAAAUGUGGGGGAAAAAUCUGUUUUUGAAAUUUUAGGAAUAGUGAAACUGGAUCAAAAAAGGUGAAAGAUGAUGGCAGAUUUUGUGUGUGAGUGUGUGUGUGGGUGGAUGGCUGUGUACAUGUAAAUGCAUGUGUGUGCUCAAGUGUGUAGUGUUCCUGUGCAUGACUGUAUUCCUAUUCGCUUGAAUGAUGUUAUUUGCAAAUCUUCUGACUUUUCUCUUUCCUUCAUAAUCCAAGGACCAAAAGACAGAAGAAAUUUUUCAUUUUGCUAUUAUAUUAAAUACCUUUGAUACAAGUGCUAUUGAUAUUUAUUAUGUACAUUUUAAAGAAGGCUUUUUUUUUCUUUUUGCCAAAAAUAAAAUUUUCUCAGUACUGUCUUAA